AUGACAAAAAUCCUCCAGACACCUGAUUCACCAGCAGGAGAGCCUCUAUCUGACUACGCGAUAUCAUGGAUAGCCAGCCUUAUGUGUUUCGCGGCUAUGUUGGGAACACCUAUUUACGCAUACAUCGCGGAUAAGUAUGGAAGAAAGAUUGCCGUAAUGUGUCUUCUUUAUCCACAGGCGAUGUCAUGGGCACUAAAACUAUACCCGACAACAGUAACUCUAACCUUAUCAAGAAUAUUCGGCGGAAUACCCGCAGGGGGUUGUUUUAAUGUUGUCCCAAUGUACGUGAAAGAAAUUAGCCAGGACAGUAUACGUGGUGUUUUAGGUUCACUCCUUAUUCUGUCACAGAAUCUAGGAGUUUUGUUCAUGUAUGUUAUUGGAGCUUACUUAGAUUACUACACGGUGCAAUGGGCAAUGCUGGGGUUACCAAUUGUAGCAUCAGUGCUGAUGUUUAAAGCCCCAGAAGCGCCUGCGUAUCUGGUCAAGCAAGGUAAAAUAGAUGAAGCAAUUGAAACAGUGGCUUCACUCAGAGGCCUGGACAAAAGCGACAAGACAGUGCAAGAUGUAGUUGAUUGGAUGAAAAAGGAAGAGGAGGAAUCCAAUAAAACGCCAGAUAUCCCAAUAACAAGUAUCUUGAUUGACAAGAAAUGGCGACGCAGUAUCAUAAUAAUCUUCGUAGUAACAACGUUGUAUGGUUUUAGUGGCGCCUUUUCAAUAACAGUCUAUGCUUUCACACUUCUAUCAUACGCAGGGGCUGACUUUGAAAUAAGCCCAGAAGUGCAGUCGUUUAGUUUUCCAAUAGUUAUGAUCAGUGCUUCGUUUGUUCUCGCUUUUACUAUAGAGAGAGCUGGUAGAAAGCCCAUACUGGUCGGAGCGUAUAUAGCAUCGGCCAUAUCGUUUUCAGUUAUAGCUACAUCUUUCCUCAUUAAAAAUAAUGGUGGUUCAGUGCCCGGUUGGAUACCACUGUCGAUGAUGAUUUCAUGUGUUUUCUGCUUCGCUGGAGGGAUUGCGUCUAUAAUAUUUAUAUUGAUUCCCGAAAUGUUUUCCUUUCAAAUUUGCGGGAAAAUAAUGGGCGUUUUCGUAACAUAUAUUUGGUUUAUAGAGUUUCUCCAACUGCUUCUCUAUGCACCAAUAAGAAAACUAUUUGGUUACGAUAUACUUUUCUACUUAUAUGCCACUAUCAAUCUCGUCAGUGGAGUUUUUACUUUAAUAUUUAUUGCGGAAACAAGGGGAAAAACGGAGCAGGAGGUCCAGAAUGCAAUCAAUUCAAAGCGGCUGUAUAAGAAAUAG